AUGGACCAAAAAGGAAAGAAAAAGGUAUCGCAAAGGGUUCCUAAAUUUGGGCAGAAAUUAGCUAAAUUUGACCCUGAUACUGCUGCUGAGAAGGUCGAAGAAUACUAUCAAAGAUUAAUCCAAUUUUUUGAAGAGAACAAAGAAGUUGAAGAAUCUUCUAAAGAUAAAGUCAAAUGAAUAUUUAAUGAAGAAUUCUCCUUAUUUGAGGUUCCUGAAAAGACUGAUAUCGGAACUCAAAACAUUACUUAUAAAAGUGGCAAAAGAUACUUAGAGAUUUAUGAAGCGUUGGAUUUAUUCAGUCGAGGAAAUAUCUCACUCUCAUUCUGAGACCAAGAAGAUCUUUCUCAUAUUGAUGUUCUCAAUCGGCUCAAACAGUCUGGGAUUUUGGACAAAUAUUUGAUCAACUCUUCACUCAAAAGGCAAGGAUAUUACUUAAAAAGGGAGGAUACAAACCUAUCCAUCUAUAAAGGAAGUAAAAAAUCUAAGAAUGAAAAGAUUACAGACACUCAUCUGCUCUCGCUAAAAGCUCCAGACAAUACAGAAGCUUUUCCAUGAAUCUCAGCAGAUGAGUCUGUUAAAAUCGAAGAUCUGGCUCGAAUAAACUCUGUAGUUACCAUUAUUGAUGGAUGUACCUCUAUCCCUUUAGAGAUUAAACUUGUGGAUGAGUUUUAG